UCUUGCUGCAUUCUCGGUCUGUGCGUUCUCGGCCGAAAUCUACUGCACUUGGUCAGCGCUUCACUUUCUUGACAAAUCUCUGCACGAUUGAUCAGUUCUUUGCACGAUUAGGGAAUAUUUCCAGGUUUUCAUGGUCGAUCAGCAGCGCCAAAUGCAGGAGAGCAAUGCCGCCAGGAAGAUCCGCAAGCAAUGCACCAUCACAAAGUGGCGCGAGAGCUGGAUUGAGCGCUACAAAUUCCUUGAGGCCCGCUCAUGGAUGGAUGGCCUAGUCUUUGAGGGACGGGUUAUGGCACAGGUGGUCUUGGACUAGAGUUUUCCUUGGCACAAUCAUGGCCAAGAAGCAAGGGCAAAGAUUAUAGGGUAGAGUACGUUCUUUCAUCACCAUGCUGAUCUUUUUUGUAGGCUUCGAGAGCAGGGGAUGGGUUUUGCCACUUUGCUGCUGCAACUACGUCCUGUCCAAGGUGGACGAGUUGAUGGCCGCAAAUGCUGCGACGACUGAGUGGGAGGAUCAAGAGGAAACACUGGCACGUCUAACACGAUCUACGAGCGUGAUGGCUUGUUUCUCUCGUGACAGAACACCCCAAGUUAACUUACUGGAUCUCUUGGACGUGACCAAGAUCUUGCUGGAGCUAGUCUACUCCUGGCUGCUGCUUCAGCUCGGGCGCAACGAGCAAUCCUUGUUUCUCCUGGACAACUUCGAUUACGAGGAUCGGCCAGCUUAGCGAGGCUGAGACAAAUCCACGAUACUCUUUUUUCUUUGUCCUUCUAGGAGCUCAUGGCUGCGCAUGAUACGAUUGGUGAUGAUCAUGUAUACGGCAGCCAUGGUGCGACCACUCGCGGUCCUACAAUCGCUCCCGCCGGUGGAAGCGAGCCUUCUACCCCGUCGACGCGAGCGAGUAAAAAAAUGUAAUAGCAAUCUGAAAAAUGACCAACUCAAUUCCAACAAAAAAAUUCCAGAAA